AAAUAAUCAAAUAUGAUCUCGAAAUUAAAGCUCUUAUUCAGGUACUUCUAUCUUAACGCGUUUUUACGUACUGUCUUAAUUUCACCUUGGUAGUUAACUUCGUUUCCAUUUGACAGGAUAUUAGAGAAUGUCCGGGGCCACAAAGUGUGCUGAUGGAUUUCAACUCCAAAGUAAAAGAGAAAUUCAAUCAGCUGCGACUUAGAAUCCAGAAUAUGGAGCAAAUGGCUAAGGAACAAGACCGAGAGACAGACAAACAAGCCAUUCUGAGCGAGACCGAAAGUCAUCGCCGACAGAUGCUGAGUAACCAAACUGCUUGGAGGAAGGCAAAUCUGGCAUGUAAACUGUCCAUUGACAACCUGGAGAAGGAUGAGCUGCUGUAUGGGGGCGACUCCACCGUGAGACAGCGAAAAGCGACUAAAGAGAGUCUGGUCCAGACAUCCGGUGAUAUCACAGAAAGCCUGAUGAGUAUCAGCCGUAUGAUGGCUCAGUCGGUGUCACAGAGCGAGGAAACCAUUGGAACUCUGGCUACGUCUUCAAGAACCCUCCUGGAAACGGAUGAAGAGUUCAAAGCCAUGACUGGAACCAUACAUUUGGGAAGGAAACUGAUCUCGAAGUACAACCGCCGAGAACUGACUGACAAACUACUCAUCUUUUUAGCGGUGGCUUUGUUUAUAGCAACUGUCUUGUACAUCUUGAAAAAAAGGCUGUUUCCAUUCAUAUAGAUAAUGUUGUGAGCGAUUUGUCUGGUCCUCAUUUUUGUCCCUGGAUAUUCCUGACCAAAUUGUCUGUAUUCAGUAAUGUCCCUGCAGCCAUGUUGCAUUUCUACAUGGGCUUUUCUUCCCCUGCAUCCUUGUUCCCUGCAUCCUUGUUCCCUACAUCCUUGUUCCCUACACACUUGCAUGCCCGUCAUGUGUCCUCCCCUGAUUGUAUAUGCUACAGAACUUUCCCAGACUGACAUAUUAUCUCUCAAUAUCACAGAGGAAUUGCCUUGUUUAGGGCUGACAGUUUACAGGGCUACCUCUGUUUUAUAAACCAUUCAUCUACUACUUGUCACUGUACAUUAAAUACUGUACAAUACAUUCUGGCUGUAUCUCAUACAAGAAUAAAAUGUCAGGUUUUCCUGA